AAAAAAAAAAAAACUUCCUACAUAGCCCCCACUUCAUGAAUUAUUGAGUGAAUGACACAUAACAUAAUGAAUAAAGGAUAUCAAUCCAAAUGUUUAUAGUGUAAUAAAGUGCAAGCUCCCCUUAUAGCUAACAACCCCCUUCUGUUCUCUCCACAACAGGGUCUAUUGGGAAGUCACGACACAUGCUUUGAAGCACUUAAAAGCUCAAUCAAGUACAAGAAUUUUUGGUUUUAUAUAUUGUAGUUUCUUCUUCUACAUCUUCCCAGUUCUUGUAACAUGCCUAAACCUGGUCCAAGACCCUAUGAAUGUGUUAGGAAAGCUUGGCAUAGUGGUAGACACCAACCCAUCAGAGGUUCCCUUAUUCAAGAAAUUUUCAGAAUUGUGAAUGAGGUUCAUGGCUCAGCAACUAAGAAGAAUAAGGAAUGGCAAGAGAAGCUCCCUAUAGUUGUCUUCAGAGCUGAGGAAAUUAUGUAUUCCAAGGCUAAUUCUGAGGCUGAGUAUAUGGAUCUUAAAACUCUUUGGGAUAGAUUGAAUGAUGCCAUUGACACUAUCAUUAAAAGAGAUGACAGUACUGAAUCAGAGUCUAGGGACCUCUUACAACCUUGCAUUGAAGCUGCUUUGCAUUUGGGUUGCUCACCAAAAAGAUCAUCAAGGAGCCAAAGGAACAAUUCUCCAAGAUAUUACCUAACUCCAGAGUCUAACUCAGUACCUACUGGAAAUUCGCAUGACAGAAACAGAGGAAAUCCUUUUCCUAACAGUAUAUUUUUCUCCAAAGAUCCUAAAUUUAUAUCAGCCACACUGAAAAAUUCAAACCCUUGUGCCCCAGAGUCUAACAAAAUGCUUCCUUUCUCGACUCUGAAGUUUCCUCCAUCUGUUGGCAUACAAACUUUGCCAAUGCAGACUGCCCGUGCCUCACCUAAUUCUUGUACUAUGUAUCCUUUGUAUCACGGUUGUCAAUUUGAACCUUCUGUUCCCAAGUUUGGUGAUGCCAAAUCAAAUACUCAGCUUGUGGAUGAGAACAAGAAGAUUGCUCCAAAAAAUCCUCCGUCGUGUAACUUAAACGCUUUGAGUGAAACUUCUCGGACAGAUUGUGAAGAUGUUUCUGAGAAUCAAACUGUAAUAGGGUGUGAUUUAUCGCUGCGUUUGGGUUCGUUUGUGGUUCCGUGCACUAGCAUUGAGAACGCUUUACCUGAGGAUGAUAAAGCUGGUGAUACAUGCAAGUUAAAUGACCUAUCUCCACAGUUCAAUAGAGGUUUGUCAUUCUUCUUGAAGGAAAAUGCUGAUAAAGACCAGUUUGAAUCAUCUUCAAUGAGUUCCAACGGCCAAAAUUUGAAUGUGGAGUCAGUUUUGGCAAAGAGAAAGCUGGCUGAGGAUCAGCAGAUUUAUUGGCCAAUGAAGUUCCCUUUUAACAAAUUCAGGUCUUAGGUUAUUAACUAAGGUUUCAGUAUUUUUCUUGGCAAACUUUGGAUUAGGAAAUUGAAAAUCUGUAUCUUUUAGUCUGCUGGUUGUAGGUUUGCAUUUCCUUUGAUGAGGUUUGUUUGUAACUUUGUAUGCUGCAAACUGCCCUAAUUUUGAAGUGUUAAUAUUCAAUGAGUUCCAAAUCCAUGUAGAAAAAAACCCUAUUGCUACUUUCUUUGUCCAUGAA